UAUUGCAUAUCAGAUUCCUGAUGAAUAUGAAAGUGAAAUGACUUUAUCAGAAUUAUCAGUAAAAUAUAAAACUGAGUAUAAUAAACAAACUAGUGAUAUUAAAUAUACAGUUAGUUGGGUAAAUUCUUAUAAAAUUAUAGUAUCAAGUAGUAGUAUAACCUCAGCAACUAAUGCUGGAACUAAAUUUUUAAUG